AUACAUGUGACACUUUUUCUGCAAGGUUACGGUGACGUCCUGUCCGUCAGCUCUGUGGUUCCGCUCACUCUCAAUUAGUGGAACCCUGUGGAAGAAGGUUUACUAAUUCAGAGGUAUGGGUCACGGCCACGAGCACCAUGGGCAGGCAAAAGUACACCUGCCUGACUAUAGGCAGUGGAAAAUAGAAGGCACUCCUCUGGAAGAAGUACAGAAGAGACUGGCACGGCAAGGGCUUCGGGAUCCAUGGCUAAGAAACGAGGCCUGGCGGUACAUGGGAGGGUACGCUAAACCUGCAACUUUUAAGGACGUUGUGUUCAGAGGCUUUAAAUGGGGGUUUGCUGCCUUUGUAGUGGCUCUUGGUGUUGAAUAUGCCUUGUUCCCACCAAAGAAAUCUGAAGGCCACCAUUAGUAGCUCUUACUAACUUUGUUUGAAGACCAUCAUGUUCAUAUCUGUAUUAAAUUCUUACUACUGAACUGUGAAA